AUGUCGAGCGGCAAAACAUACCAGCUUAACAACGGCCUCACCAUCCCAGCCGUGGGAUUUGGCACUUUCGCGAGCGAAGGCUCAGCAGGCGAGACGUACAAAGCCGUGGCUGUGGCGCUCGAGACUGGAUACCGACAUCUAGACUGCGCAUGGUUCUAUCAGAACGAAGAGGAGGUUGGCGAGGCCGUACGCGACUUCCUGAAGAAGAACUCGAACGUCAAGCGUAGCGACAUCUUUAUCUGCACAAAGGUGUGGAAUCACCUUCACGAGCCCGAGGAGGUGAAGUGGUCGCUCCAGAACUCGCUCGAGAAGUUUGGCUUGGAUUACGUCGAUUUGUUCCUGGUCCACUGGCCGAUCGCGGCGGAGAAGAAUGGCGAGAAUAUGCCUGCCUUGAACGAGAAGGGCCAGUAUACCAUCAAGCAGGAGCUCACAAGAGAUCAGAAGCCGACAUGGCGAGCUAUGGAGGAGAUAUAUGAAUCCGGCAAAGCUAAGGCGAUUGGCGUGUCGAACUGGACGGUGGAGGGCCUGGAGGAUAUGCUCAGCUGGGCCAAGGUCAAGCCGACAGUGAAUCAGAUCGAGAUCCAUCCUUUCCUGCCAAACGACGAGCUUGUGAAAUACUGCUUCGACCACGAUAUCAUGCCCGCUGCUUACUCGCCGCUCGGAUCGCAAAACCAGGUCCCGACAACAGGGGAGAAAGUGAACACCAAUCCAACAUUGAACAGGAUAGCAGAGAAAGGCGGCAACUCUUUGGCGCAAGUUCUGAUAGCAUGGGGCCUACGAAGAGGCUAUGUCGUGCUGCCGAAGAGCUCCACGCCUUCUCGAAUCGAGAGCAACUUUAAGACGAUUGAGUUGAGCGAUGAGGACUUCGAACCGGUCAAUGAGGUCGCCAAGGGCAGGCAUACCAGAUUCGUGAAUAUGAAGGAUACCUUCGGUUACGAUGUAUGGCCUCAGGAGUCGGAGUCUUCCAAGUUGUGA